AUGCCCCCAAUCAUCCACUGCGUCCGCCACGCCCAGGGCGUCCACAACCUCAACACAGCCAACCACGUCAUCCCCGACCCCCUCCUCACCGAGCUCGGCAACGAACAAUGCCAAAAACUCCGCGAUUCGUUCCCGCGCCACGCACAGAUCGACCUCGUCACGGCCUCCCCGCUCCGCCGGACCCUGUACACCGCGCUGCAGAGCUUCGAGCCCGUCUUUCAGGCCCACCCGGACACAAAGCUGAUUGCGCUGCCGGAUGUCCAGGAGACAAGCGACGUGCCGUGCGAUACGGGGAGUGAGCCGGCGGCGCUGGCGGAGGAGAUGGGACAGCGGGUGGAUUUGGGAUUGGUGAGGGAGGGGUGGAAUGUGAAGACUGGUCGAUACGCGCCGACCCAUAAAGCGAUCAAGGAGCGGGCGCGGGCCGCGCGACGCUGGCUGAAGGCUCGGCCGGAGAAGGAGAUUGUCCUUGUCUCGCAUGGGGGGUUUCUACACUACUUCACGGAGGAUUGGGAGGAGAGUAGUCUGUACCAGGGGACUGGAUGGACGAAUACCGAGUACCGCACGUACGAGUUUACGGAGGACAUCCACCUGGAUGAUCUGGAGGGGCUGAAGCUGGACGGGGAUAACGCCAGUCUGGUGGAGACGCGGGAGUCGCGGCAACGGCGGGGCAAGACGGGCGCCAUGUCGGAUCGCGAGCAGCAGAAGACUCUGUAUCGGCUGGGUACAAAGGGGUGGGAUGAUCAGGGGCUGCAGCUGAGUACGGCGGAGAGGGAGGGCGCGAAGGUGGCGGAGGGGAGGGAGGUGGAUGGGGUGAGGGUUUGA